AUGGAUGGAGUAAUCGCAACUUACUCGGUUGAUGAUGAAGUUAAGGCUGAAGAUUUCAUUAAGGAGGUUACUUAUACUGUUUUGUUUAAUGAGGCCGAGUGUGAGGCGAAGUGUCUUUGUGGGUUGUUUGAGAUGCAAGGGAUAAUAUGUAGACAUAUUCUUGCCAUCUUUUUAGCACGGAAAAGGCUAGAAACUGUUAGGUAUAAACGUCUACUGAAGAUUUGUUAUGAGGUAAUAACAAAUGCUUGUACUGAAGAUGGGCAUACUGAAGAUAUGGUAUCAAAGUUGUAUGCGAUGAAUGAGGUAUACUGCACCUCGAAGCCCCACAACAUAGAUUCCAGUGUUGGAGUAAGUACUGUGAAUGCAGCCACGGAAGGAAGUUCGAAAAAGAUGCUAAGCCCCCAUGUUGUUAGAGGCAAGGGAAGACCCCCAUGUAAGAGGAGGAUGUCAACGAUGGAGGAACAAAUAAGGAAAAAAAAAACUAAGGUUGUGAGAAAGAAAGGAGAUAAAGGGAAAAGCAGAUUGAGGCAUAGAUUGGACAUCGAAUUAUUGGAAAGCAGUAGAAAUCCACUUUGUGGACAUAAAGAAAAUGCACAAACUCCUGUAAUGGUUGAUCAAGAAAGUGUACAACAAGAAAUGAUGGGGACACAAGAAAGUAUGCAACUAGAGAUGGAUGGGACAUAG